AAGCUGUUCAUCGAGUCAAACUCGUUUCUCAUUCAAUGCAGGAGAUACGGAGAGUUUCAACAGACGAGCCAACACCUUUUUUCAGGAGGCGGGGCUCGUAUACUAUUACAAGACCUCACAAGGAAGUAGGUUUAACUCGUUGAACCAUGUUACACUUUGUAAUAGAUGCUUGCAUUUCAUUUUGUUUUUGCUGGAAGUGGGUUUUUCCUACUUUUUAAGUGCUCUGAGGAAACAACUUUAACCUUGGAGCCGUUCACUCUGUUUGUGUGGACGACACAGGGAAUCUAACCACAAUGAUCCAUCACCAGAAGGGUGUUCAAAGUGUGACAGCGUUUUUUUCUUGCUGACUCUGGGAGGUUAUCCAAGAUUUUUGAUUGUGCUGAACUCUCACACAGCUGUCACAGUUGGCCCACUGCUGACCAGAAAAAAACAUCCAUACCUCAUAAACUGAAACGAUGAAGAUACCAGAUUCCAGGAAAACAUGGUGCAUAACAAUUAUAGUGGCUUUCUGCCUCUUUGGCUCUAUUUUGGCAUUCUUUCUCUAUUUUGAGCCUCCACCUCCUGUUUGUUCCCCUGAAUUCGCACUAGCUGAAAAUUAUCGUGAUCCAGAUGAAAAGCCCAUAGUCCUGCUGUGGUUCUGGCCCCUCGGUGUCAGGUUUGAUUUCAAAAUGUGCUUAACCAACUUCCAAAUUGAUAACUGUGUUCUGACAGAUGAUAGAUCCCUCUACAGCAAGGCCCACGGAGUCAUUUUCUACCAAAAAGAAAUAGGCUGGAAUUUGGACAACAUGCCACAGGAGCCACGUCCAUCUUUUCAGAAGUGGAUUUGGUUCCAUGUGGAAUCGCCGACGAACACAGGAAGGAUACCGGGUCUGGUCAACCUGUUCAACUUAACAUUGAGCUACAGAAGAUAUGCUGGCAUCAAUGUGAGGAAUGAUCUCACGAUCAGAGACACUGAAAGCACAGAGGACUUUGUUUUGCCCAAGAAAGACAAACUAGUGUGCUGGAUAGUCAGUAACAACAACCCUCAAACUGGAACAGCUGUGAGAGAACAAUAUUAUCGUGAACUAUCUAAACACAUCAACAUCAGUCUCUUUGGUAAAGCCUAUACUGGGAAUGUUUUAAGUUAUGAGGAGUACUACUCAACAAUUGCUAGCUGUAAGUUUUACCUCUCAUUUGAGAACUCUAUCCACAAAGACUAUAUCACAGAGAAGGUCAACGGGCCCCUGGUGGCGGGGACGGUCCCUGUAGUUUUGGGUCCGCCGAGAGAAAACUAUGAGCAAUUCCUUCCCUCUGAUGCCUUCAUCCACAUAAAUGAUUUCCCUGAUGCAAAGUCACUGGCUGCCUUUCUGCUGGACAUGAAGGACGAGGAGUACGCACGUUACUUUGAGUGGAGAAAGUUCUUCACAGCCACCCCUCACCUGUUGUCCACCCAAAAUGAAUUCAUUCAGCCUAUCUGCCUCGCCUGCAAACACAUGGCAAGGGACAGGGAUUUCCAUAUAGUUCACGACCUUUAUGACUGGUACUUCGGAUGAUAAAGAGAAUGUCCCUUGAUGUUGGCUCAAGAUGGAGUCCUAUCGCCAGACUGUGCACUAUUUCAAUGUUAUGGUGUAAUAAAUGUUUGGCACUUCUGCACAAGUCUCUCCUGAUUGAAUUAAGUAGAUGUGAUCAGGGAAUUAUUGUACUUUUUGGAAUUUAUUGUCCCUUUUUUAGAAAAUUAGCUUAGCUUGAAGACUGUAAAAGGGAAAAGGAGCUAGCCAGUAAUUUUUUGUUUUUUUUAAUAUUAACAUUUUAAUAGUCACCUUCAAACUCUUAUUUUAUCAACCUGUAGUCCUCCCCCACUGAAAGGUUCAGUGUGUUUCCUGAAGCUAAAGCACAUUUCACAAUGUUAAUUCCUGGCAUGUCCCUGUUUGUGCCUUGAUGAAAUAUGAUCAAAUAGGACCAGGUGAGAUGCAGACAAAGAGGCUUUUGGCAGGUUGUGUUCAGCUUGUUAGUCGUGUCAAUUGUUCAUUCUGGCUUUUGUUCAGUGGCGGCUGGUCCAUAGAGAGCAAUGGGGCGUUGCCCCACCCUGAGCAACAAAAAAAAAAAGAGUGUCGUUUUUUUGUUUAUAUUAAAAAUACCUUCUACAA